AAAUAUUAAGCUUAACUUUUAGAAGCUUCCGGGCUUUGGCGUCAAAAGUUCUACUGACAUCACCGCCUGCAUACAUUCGACCAAUCUUUUUUUCCUCUUUCUUUUUUUUUCCAUUUUUAUUUAUUUUCUAGACCAACACAACAAUUCAGAAUAAUUCAAAACUUUUCGAUUCCACUUCCCAGGUUUAAGAAUAAAUUCCCGAAAUUUUAGUUUCAACCUAUCACCCUGGAAAGCGCACAAGCAAAGGGCACAUGGCGACCGACCCUCGUGCCAUAAAUCCGUGGGCAUCGCAAAUAUCUCUGCUUCACCUGGAUCCUCAACCCAUCGGAGAUAAUGCCUCUAUCUACGAAAAGGACCUUCCACCUCUUCCCGAGGAAGAAUCACAAUCCUCCAGUCGCAUUAUACGACCUCAAUUGGGACAUUCAACUUCUUUAGGCCUUAGUGGUGGUGGCCGUGGCCCAAUAUUUUAUUUAUCCCGAAUCCAACGCUACUCAUCCUACACAUUUACUCUAUUUGCUGGUCUUCAUGUUGCAAAUACCUCCUUAUUUCCUCUCAUAUACCAAUCCGUUCCCUACUCAGAACCUUUUCUUCUUAUGGCACGUGAGGUCUACCAAACCCGCCUAACUGAACCUUUACUCGUUGCCCUUCCCGUCCUAGCUCAUGUUACCGCUGGAGUUGCGAUACGACUACUACGUCGACGUGAGAAUCUGAAAAGAUAUGGCGGAGAGACCCCAGGAAUGUGGGCAUUGCACCAUAAGAACUCGUCCUCAUCACACAAGAGUGCCGUGAGGGUGUGGCCGCAUGUAAGCAGAAUCUCUCUGUCUGGGUAUGCCUUCGUUGGGCUACUAGCUUCACAUGUGGGUAUAAACCGCGUCUUGCCUCUGGUGGUUGAUGGCGACAGUUCCAAUAUUGGACUGCAGUUCGUGUCUCAUGGUUUCGCCCGCCAACCCCUACCCCCCUGGAUUGCCUACACCCUUCUUCUUUCAGUCGGCAUAGGUCACAUGGUUUGGGGUGCAGCCAAGUGGCUAGAUCUCACUCCCCCAGCCAACUGGAAAAAGAUAACUGUAGAUAAGAAGCUGCGGAAGAGUCGGCGGCGUGCUUGGUGGGGAAUCCAAACUGUUGCGGUGGCUAUGACGGCACUCUGGGCUGCGGGUGGUUUGGGAAUCGUAGCUAGAGCUGGGCCUGCUGAGGGUUGGCUUGCUACAGUUUACGAUAAUAUUUAUCUGUACAUACGUCAGUAGACUGUGGCCCUGGGGAUUAUGUUCAUAGCGCGGACAGGUGUCUUGCAUACAGGAUAGCAUAGCAUUGGCGACUGUCAAGAUAAGAAUUUCGAGAACUGAAUAUACACCACUUUAGCCCUAAUGAAUAACCUGGAUAGCUACUAGCCAAAAUU